CUAAAUCAAGAGAUUAACAUAAAUACUUAUGGAUUUAGUCAUCUCACAAGAGAGUAUUGUUAAGUUAAUUAACCAAAUUUUACAAUACGUGUAAGUGUAACAGUGAGACCCCUACUCUCCCGACCACGUAAAACUAGCAGAGUCCCCAACCUGCUCCCAAAUCCCAAUCGCAAAGUUUCUUUCACUCGUAGAAUCAAAGCAUCAUACCAAAUCUAGUAAAAGCUAACCACCCAUGCCAAAUCCCCCCCAUAGAAACCGACAAUAUUUAAUGCUGUUCAUAUUGGCUGAUUCUAUGGUCUAAUAAAACGUGAAUUACAUGUACCCUUUCCGUUUCCGACGUUGUUUGUAAUGUUGUCUUCGCAAAGACCACAAACAUAAUAUGAACAAUAAUUUUGGGGAGAAACACAAAAAAUAAUGUGGUCAUUUGUUUUUUGUUGUUUGCUGAUCUGUGUUGUUUAUAAAUGGCCACCAGUCCUCUAGCCUCCUCCUCACUUCAAUUCUCGCUGUCUUUUCCUUCCACCACGACAUCCAUAACAACAACAACCCAUAGAUUUCCCAAAUUACCAAAUUUAGGUCCAUCCCCGUCUAUUUCGCCUUUAAUUUCGCACCGAAAUAGUACUAGUAGAAGAACCACCCCACCUGUCCCCAACAAACCCCAUUUCCGACUGUUUGCAAAAUCUCCUUUUGUGUUUGGCAAAACCAAAAGGGGCAUGGCGAUGGUGACGAUCACGGAUGACAAAUACAUUGCCGGGAUCCUGUUGUCCUCUGUUCUGUUCGGGUUUUCGCUCUUCUGCGUUUUGAGUCGCAGGAACCGGCGAAUUGAUCAGAAACAGCAACAUGCAGAUCGUCCCCGGUACGAAAUUCGGAGCGACCCGGCGGGAGAUUCUGAAUGCAAGGCUUCCCGGGAUGGUUCUCAGACUGACGUCAUCGUCGUUGGUGCUGGUGUCGCCGGUGCCGCCUUGGCCCACACUCUUGGCAUGGAUGGACGACGAGUUCAUGUGAUUGAAAGAGAUUUGACAGAGCCUGAUAGAAUUGUGGGCGAGCUGCUUCAACCAGGGGGAUAUCUUAAGUUGAUAGAGCUGGGACUCCAAGAUUGUGUUGACAAAAUUGAUGCUCAGCGAGUGUUUGGAUAUGCUCUUUUCAAGGAUGGUAGAAGGACUAGAGUUUCUUAUCCUUUGGAAAAGUUCGAUUCAGAUGUUGCUGGCAGAAGCUUUCACAAUGGGCGGUUCAUUCAGAGGAUGAGAGAAAAAGCAGCCAGCCUUUCAAAUGUAAGACUUGAGCAAGGCACAGUAACAUCCCUACUUGAAGAAAAUGGCACCAUACAAGGUGUCCAAUAUAAAACUAAAACCGGCGAAGUACUAAAAGCUUAUGCUCCCCUCACUGUAGUUUGUGAUGGAUGCUUCUCGAAUUUGCGACGAUCUCUUUGCAGCCCCCAGGUAGAGGUUCCUUCUUGCUUUGUUGGCUUGGUGUUGGAAAACUGUCAACUUCCCUUUCCCAACCAUGGGCAUGUUAUUCUCGCGGAUCCAUCACCUAUCUUGUUUUAUCCAAUUAGCAGCACAGAGAUUCGUUGCCUCGUUGAUGUACCAGGACAAAAGCUUCCAUCCAUUGCCAGUGGUGAAAUGGCAAAUUAUUUGAAGACUGUGGUAGCACCUCAGGUUCCACCGGAGCUGCAUGAUGCCUUCUUAACUGCUAUCGAUAAGGGACACAUUAGAACAAUGCCAAACAGAAGCAUGCCAGCUGCCCCCCAUCCCACUCCUGGAGCAUUAUUAAUGGGUGAUGCUUUUAACAUGCGGCAUCCUUUAACUGGUGGAGGAAUGACUGUAGCUCUCUCUGACAUUGUGGUGCUUCGUGAUUUGCUUAAACCCUUACCCAACCUUAAUGAUGCUGAGUCACUUUGUAAACACCUCGAUUCCUUCUACACACUUCGGAAGGUAAUGCUAAUUAACUUGCAGUAAGAGUGGAUUUUGCAGUUUGGUUAGCAGUAUGAACUAGGUUGAGAAAUAGUCUAAGCAGAUCCAGUAGGAUUGUAGUAAUGCUUGUGAAUUUGCAUACACCACGUGCUUUUCCCUUUGAUUUCCAAAACCAGACACUUGUGCAUGUCGAUCUGUCAACAGUACAACUCCAAUAAGUGAUGGUUUAUAAACUUGUACAUCUGAUCACAAAAAUAGGAAAGUGCUCUGCAUCUCUUUCAUUGUGAAUGUUUCUUCUACCCUGGUUAGGAAACUUCAUGCAUGAAUCAACUUGUUAUGGCAUUGGCCUGAUAUCAUGGAUCUUUGUUGCAGCCGGUAGCUUCUACGAUAAAUACUCUGGCAGGUGCCCUUUACAAAGUGUUCUGUUCUUCUUCUGAUCAAGCAAGGAACGAAAUGCGACAGGCAUGCUUUGAUUAUCUAAGCCUCGGAGGAGUUUGUUCCAAUGGACCUGUAGCUCUACUCUCCGGUCUAAAUCCACGGCCAUUGAGCCUGGUUCUGCAUUUUUUCGCUGUCGCAAUAUACGGGGUCGGUCGCUUGUUGACGCCUUUUCCAUCUCCCAAGAGGUUGUGGCUUGGGGCCCGAUUGAUCUCGGGUGCAUCAAGUAUAAUCUUCCCCAUAAUCAAGGCUGAAGGAGCCAUGCAAAUGUUCUUCCCCACAACUGUUUCAUCAUCCCCUCCCCAAAAAUGAAAACAAACAUCCUACUAAUUUUUUCUUGGCCUAGAGAUACUGUAAAUAGAAUUAGUAGCUUGAACUAGAUAAGUAACCUCUAUUAAUUAAAAGAACGGUUGGGCAUCCUUUUUGUUGGUAUCAAGUAUCAACAUUGGGAAAUUGAAAUGUGAAAAUUGUAUUCCGAGCUCCGGGACAGAUCAAAAAAAUGAAACGAAAUGAGGAUAUGUAUAAUUUUGUAGUUGUGUGUCACUACUAUGGGAUGGAUUUAUUUAUACUCAUAUGUCUCUAUAUAUAUACUCCUUCCAAAU